UGGCGAGUAGGUGGGGUCGCUGCUCCUCCAGAUUGUAGCAGAAAUCCCCAGAGGAUCAGACCAGUGCGGAAACAGGUGUGGGGAGCCGGUUUGGACUGCUGUCCGAAGGAAAACAAAGGAUUGUGAGCACUGAACAGCGCAUGGUCUCAACAUGCUCCCUGAUAUCCAUCUCCCUCUCCUCCUAACGCUGGUGCUUCUUCAAGUCCAGCAGGGCACCUCGGUGCAGGAGAUCCAAACCGACCAUGACACCAUUGUAAAGAUCAACUCAGCAGCAGAAAAAAUGCAGUGCUCGGCAGUCAUGGACAUCCUCUUCCUCCUGGAUGGUUCUUACAGCGUGGGGAAGGGCAGCUUUGAGAGGUCCAAGCACUACGCAAUAAAGCUGUGUAAAGCACUGGACAUCGCUCCAGACAAGAUGCGGGUCGGCGUGAUUCAGUUUGGUUCCUCUCCUCGGCUGGAAAUCGCCCUGGACUCAUACACUACCAAACAAGAGCUGAAGAAGCACAUGAAGAAGAUUUCUUACAGGGGAGGCAGCACCCAGACAGGCCUGGCUUUAAAAUAUGUGCUGAAGAAAGGUUUCCCAGGCGGACGCAACUCCUCCACUGUGGCCCGGAUCGCCAUCCUCCUAUCAGACGGGAGGUCCCAGGGCAACGUGGUGCAGGCGGCUGUGCAGCUCAAAGAGACGGGAGUGGUCCUGUUUGCAGUGGGCAUUCGCUUCCCCAAGUGGGAGGAGCUACAUGCUUUGGCCAGUGAGCCAAUGGAGAGCCAUGUCUUCUUCGCCGAGCAUUUCAAUGAUGCUGUCAACGGCCUGUUCACCUCACUCAGCACCUUCUCUGUCUGCAAUGCCAUUCCUGAAGUUGGGAUCCCUCAGAUUUUCACUAUCGGCUGUCAUGUGGAGGUGUUUUCCUGUGUGAGGAAAACACUGGAGACCGUAAAGGAGCUGCAGGGGAACUACAUGUGUUGGAAAGGCUCCAAGGGUUAUUCCCCAUACACUUCUCUCUGUCCAUAUUACAGGUACACAAAGAUGUACAAGAGACACCAGACAGUCUGCCAUCGGACUAUCUGCCCAGAUCCCUGUGACUCUCAGCCCUGUCUGAAUGGAGGCACAUGUGUACCAGAUGGGCAAGAGGGAUACAACUGCUUAUGUCUUCCUGGCUAUGGAGGAGACCCACACUGUGCCCCUGCUAUGGCCCUGGACUGCUCCGUAGACUUGCUGUUCCUGGUGGAGGGCUCUGCCACCCUCACCUUGGAAGGCUUCCUCAGCCUCAAGUCCUUCUUAAAGCGCUUCCUGCACAGCGUCAUCGGCUCCAACAGCCCCAGCAAGGUGGGCCUGGCGGUGUUCGGAGGAGAGACCCGGGUGGUGGCACCGGUGGAUAAGUACAAAGGGGACCUGAAGGGUCUGCUGAGGGCUGUGGAGGCCCUUCAACCAGUGGGCGGCGAGGCCCUGACAGGCGAGGCAUUACGCUACGUCACACGUCACGCUUUUGUGAGCGCGCCAGUCUUUGCGGACGUCACAGACGACCUGCCCCGCGUGGUGGUGCUGAUCACCGCCACGCCUGCUGCAGACGAGGUGGUGGAGCCCUCUAAAUAUGCACGAGACAGAGAGAUCUUCCUGAUCGGGGUGGGACCAGUCAAAUUAAAGGAACAACUGAAUAAUAUCACAGGAAAUCCCCAGAGGACUAUCAGCUACACACCAGCUGAGUUCAGUGCCAAGAUCCCUGAGCUCAAGGCUAAGAUCUGCAGCGUGGAUCAGCAAGGUUGUCUGGACCAAGCAGUGGACCUGGUGUUUGCCCUGGAUUCCUCCGGUGCUGUCAGCCCGGAUAACUUCAUCAUCCUGCGUGACUUUGUACGCAGCCUCACCGUCCAUUUCGACAUCAACCGCGACUUGGCUCAAGUGGCGCUCGUGUCCUACGGUCGGAGAGCCACCACCGUCUUCAACCUGGACAAGCAUGACACCGGCUCCUCCAUCCUCAAGGCUGUAGAUGAGGCCAACUACAUGGGUGGAGUGGGUUCAACGGGCGCCGCUCUACUUCACAUCCACUCCGAGGUCCUGACGGCGUCCAAAGGGGCCCGGCCGGGGGUCAACAAGGCCGUGGUGUUACUGACAGACGGCUCGGGGGGGGACGACGCUGCCGUUCCAGCUCAGAAGAUCCGAGAUAACGGAGUGUCAGUGUUUGUCAUCGGGAUUGGAGACGUUCAGAAAGACAGGCUGCUGCAGAUCGCGGGUUCAGAGGAACACAUGAUCUCCGUGCCUUUUUACGAGGAUCUCAAUUAUUUUGAGGAUGUGCUGGUGCAGAUGCUGUGUUCAGAGGUAAAAAAGCCGGUAAACCUAUGCAAGCCUAACCCAUGUAUGAAUGAUGGGACCUGCAUCCUGUCCAAAGGGAGCUUCCGCUGUCAGUGCCAAGGCUAUGAAGGACCUCACUGUGAAAGAAAAAGCAUCAGGCCUUCCUCCAGAGGAGAUCUCCCGAGGCCUGUUGGUCUGAGGAAGAAGAGCCACCAGGAGCUCCUGGAUCGCUACAAACUGCACCGCAGGAGGCAUGCUGUCUGACAACACCAACACAGAAACAAGCCACGUAUGGACACUUAAGAACCGAGGAUGAUAGCGGGUACACAUGGGAGUAAAGGGAAAGCUAAUGUUACUGUUUCAAUAUUUAAACUGGAGUUUAAGGCACUUGUUGAGAUUCUGAGUGCCAGUGUCUAUAUGUGUCCUAGUCAGAGACUGUGUCUCGUUGUUGUCUAUUCAAAGAUGUAAACUUUUAUAUUUUAUUAUAAUAUAGACUAGAGUAUAUCUAAGUCAUGAUUGUAUUAUUUUUAUUGUAUAAUAUACACAGCCCUUUUUCCUACUUACAAAAAAGACAAAAACAUAAAGGUUUCGCCAAAAAGCUUAAAACCAAAUGCUCAGCUAUUGUUUUAUUAUAAUAUUUGACAUUCAUUUUUGCAAAAAGACCCUUCUGAUUUCAGAUAUACAAAUAAUGAUGUGUUUCACUAUUGAAAGAGAAACAAAACAGGAAAAUGACCACCUGACAAGCCCUAAAAUUGUAAAUUCAAAAUGGCUAAUGUUUCAAAUUCUUAACCAAAACUAACAUUUAAACUCUUUGAACCUAGAUAAAUGUUUGAAAUGUGAACAUCCUAUUAUCAGUUGACUUUCCCAUAAAUACUUUAUUUUUUCAUUUUUAAGAAGUGUAUGUAGUUACCCUGUGAAAUUGUAAUGCUACACGCAUUUUAAAGUUACAGUGAACCUUUGAUCCAUUUUCACUGGAUGAGAGAGGACAUUUUCAUAAACAAAUUACCAGCCAA